AUGCUGCUCAGAGCCGCGCGAUCGCCGUGUUGGCGCACGGCGCAACUCGCAUACCCGAGCUUCGCCGGCCGGUCACGGUGCACGCGACUUAUCGGAACGCAACUGCGUGUAUUCACAUCGGGUGGUAAACCAUUGCGGAACAAAACUACAGAAAACAAAGAUAAGACACCUACGAAAGAUGGUACCUCCACCCCGGCCCCGUCGCAAUUGGCCAGCGUCAACAUCGUCCAAACGCCCAAAGAUGGUGAUGCGAAGACACCGAAGAAGGAUUUACUGAGCGAGCCUAUGGCUGCGACAAAGGACCAAAGGAAGGCGGAUUGGGCUAUUAUGAGGGAAAUGGCCAAGUAUCUGUGGCCAAAGAUGCAGGAUGAUUGGGGUACAAAGCUCCGUGUCGGCACCGCAUUAUCAUUGCUUGUUGGCGCAAAGAUUCUCAAUGUGGAAAUCCCCUUCUACUUCAAGAGCAUUGUCGACUCGAUGAAUGUAGACUUUGCUUCUAUUGGCGGAACUGCCUACACUGUGGCUGGAUCAAUGAUUAUUGCCUAUGGUGUGACUCGAAUUGGAGCUACAGUGUUCCAAGAACUGCGCAAUGCAGUGUUUGCUAGUGUUGCGCAGAAAGCAAUCCGAAAAGUGGCUUCGAAUGUGUUUGAACAUCUCUUGCGACUGGAUCUCAACUUCCACCUUUCCCGGCAGACCGGCGGUCUCACUCGUGCGAUUGAUCGAGGUACCAAGGGCAUCAGCUUCCUUUUGACCUCUAUGGUCUUCCAUGUGGUGCCGACUGCUCUUGAAAUUUCGCUUGUCUGCGGUAUUCUGACUUACCAAUAUGGUCUCCAAUUUGCUGCCAUUACCACCACCACCAUGAUCGCAUACACAGCAUUCACCAUCACUACAACUGCGUGGCGAACCAAGUUCCGCCGUCAGGCUAACGCAGCUGAUAACCGCGGCGCAACUGUUGCCGUGGACUCACUCAUCAACUACGAGGCCGUCAAGUACUUUAACAACGAGAAAUUCGAAGUUGCACGAUACGGAAAUGCCUUGAAGAGCUACGAAGAUGCAUCUAUCAAGGUUACCACUUCCUUGGCAUUCCUCAACUCCGGUCAGAACAUGAUCUUCUCCUCUGCGCUGGCCGCAAUGAUGUACUUGGCCUGCGAUGGAGUUGCAACCGGUGCCUUGACCGUCGGUGACCUGGUCAUGGUGAAUCAGCUUGUCUUCCAGCUCUCCGUGCCCCUCAACUUCUUGGGCUCUGUCUACCGCGAGUUGCGCCAGUCUUUAUUGGACAUGGAGACUCUCUUUAACUUGCAGAAGGUCAAUGUCACAAUUACCGAACGCCCCAAUGCCAAGCCCCUGCAGCUUACCCAGGGCGGCGAGAUUCGCUUCGAGAAUGUGACUUUUGGAUACCACCCAGAGCGCCCAAUUCUGAAGAAUGCCACCUUCACAAUUCCCGCUGGACAGAAGUUUGCCAUUGUUGGCCCAAGUGGCUGCGGCAAGUCUACAAUUCUGCGCCUUCUGUUCCGCUUCUACGACGUCCAAUCUGGCCGUAUCCUCAUUGACGGUCAAGACGUCCGGGACGUCAGCCUUGACAGUCUUCGCAAGAUCAUUGGAGUGGUGCCACAGGAUACACCCUUAUUCAAUGACACCAUCGCCCACAACAUUCGCUACGGACGCAUUGAUGCAUCCGACGAAGAAGUGCGCCGAGCCGCCGAGCGCGCCCACAUUCACAAGCUGAUCGAAGGUCUGCCAGAGGGCUACCAGACCGCAGUUGGUGAGCGCGGUAUGAUGAUCUCGGGUGGUGAGAAGCAGCGGCUAGCAAUCUCCCGGUUGAUUCUGAAGGAUCCGCAACUAUUCUUCUUCGACGAGGCAACAUCUGCCCUCGACACCUACACGGAGCAGGCCCUCCUCCAGAACAUCAAUAGUAUUCUCAAAGAACGAAGCCGUACCAGUGUCUUCGUCGCUCACCGCCUGCGCACCAUCUGUGACAGUGACCAGAUCCUAGUUCUGAAAGAAGGUCACGUAGCAGAGACGGGCUCGCACCGUGAACUACUUGAUCAUAAUGGGAUUUAUGCGGAACUCUGGAAUGCCCAGGAACUGUCUAUGGCUCAGGAUUUGGAGCUGGAGCGGAACCAGGGUGAGGAUGAGAUUGAGACUAAGCCGUGA